GGCGGGAGGGACAUUAUUCAACCCGGAACUGUGAAUGUGAUCAAUUAUUAGAACUCUCCGAAAACUUUGAACGAAAUGUAACAGCCGAUCGUUCGAAAAGAAUCAAAUCACUGUCGCGCGAACGUUUAUCCGCUCCGCGAUCUCGCAGAGUGUGAUUUUUCUUCCUGCUCUCCAACAGGUCAGUAUUUGUGUUUGGUUGGCACGUUUCAUACACUUUGAAAUGAAAGGUUGUAGAGAUUCAUUUCUCAACAUGCCACAACAAAAGGAUAUAGUAAAGAUCGCCAUUCAGAUGCCGGGUGCAUACCCGCAGCUCAUUCAGCUAGACCAGAAAAAGCCCCUCACUGCUGUCAUAAAAGAGGUUUGCGACAAGUGGAAUCUUCCGGGUCCUGACAACUAUGCUCUGCAAUAUGCAGAUGGGGUCCAGACGUACAUCACUGAAUCUAACCGCCUAGACAUCAAAAACGGCAGCAUCCUGCGUUUAACCAAAGCACCAGGCCGAUGUGCUGAAGAUCUGUAUAAAGGCAUUCAGAGUUCAGAUUCGGGCGUGCGCUGUGACUCUCUGAAGCUGCUGGCCGAUGUCUCCACCGACAUCACAUUCGCUCAAGAGUUCAUCAGCCGUGAUGGACACUCCCUGCUCGUCAAGAUAGUCGAGGAUGCUCACGAGGCUCCUCUGAUAAUGACACACACUCUUACUGCUUUCAUGGAGCUCAUGGAUCAUGGCAUUGUGUCCUGGGAGAAUCUGUCCAGUGUCUUUAUCAAAAAGAUCGCCAGUUUUGGGAAUGCAAAGGUUCUAGACACGUCUAUCCAGCAGGUGUCGCUGGCUAUCCUGGAGAGCAUGGUGCUCAGCAGCAGUAGUCUGUUUAAUGAGGUCAAACACGAAAUCACCCUGGAGAGACUCGUUUCCCAUCUGCAGGUAACAAACCAGCAGCUGCAGACUAAGGCCAUGGCUCUGCUGAUGGCGAUGCUGCUGGCAGGUGGCGAGGCUGACAGACAGGAGCUCUUUGAGUUUCUUGAGAAGAGGAAUCUACGGCAAUACAUUCACAAGAACAUCAUCCACAGCUCGAGUUCAGUUGGAGAUGAGAUGGCCCACUACCUGUAUGUGCUGCAGACGGUCCGUCUGAACCACCUGGAGGCCCGUAUGAGGACGCCUCUGGACUCCUACAACCAGGAGCAAAGGGACAUGCUUCACGGGCUCAGGCAGGCCGCGUUUGAGACAGAAAGCGAGAGCGGUCUGAGUAACGAACGCAGACGUUCCCUCUGUGCUAAAGAGUUUAAGAAACUCGGCUUCUCUAAUAACAGUAAUCCUGGUCUGGACCUGAGCCGGUGUCCUCCGGGUCUCCUGGCUUUGGACACUAUGGCGUAUUUUGCCUCCCGUUACCCUGAUGCUUACAGUAGGUUUGUGCUGGAGAACAGCAGCAGAGAGGACAAGCACGAGUGUCCGUUUGCCCGCAGCAGCAUUCAGCUCACCCUCAUCUUGUGUGAGAUUUUGCGCAUCGGAGAACCCCCCUCUGAGACCGGUUCAGACUAUCAUCCCAUCUUCUUUGCUCAGGACCGGCUGCUGGAGGAGCUAUUCUGCAUCUGCAUUCAGCUCCUCAACAAGACGUGGAAGGAGAUGAGAGCCACGCAGGAGGACUUUGAUAAGGUGAUGCAGGUCGUCCGGGAGCAGAUCACCAGGACUCUGUCCAGCAAACCCACAUCUCUAGAGCUCUUCAAGAAUAAGGUGAACGUGCUGAACUACAGCGAGAUCCUCAAACUGAGACAGACGGAGAGACUCCACCAGGAAGAGACGCUUGCUCCACCUGUGCUAGAGCUGAAGGAACGUCUGAAGCCGGAGCUUCUGGAGCUCAUCCGACAGCAGAGACUGAACCGUCUGUGUCACGGAACGCUCUUCCGGAAGAUCAGCAGCCGACGGAGGCAAGACAAGCUGUGGUAUUGUCGGCUCUCUCCUAAUCACAAAGUCCUGCACUAUGGAGAUGUGGAAGAGGAGACGGAAAUGCCCUCCAUUGAGGCUCUUCAGGAGAAGAUUCCUGUCGCAGACAUCAAGAGUGUGGUAACAGGGAAGGACUGUCCUCACAUGAAGGAGAACAAGGGAAAACAGACCAAGGAAGUGUUGGACUUGGCUUUCAGCAUCACAUACGAUGUUGAAGAGUAUAGCUUGAAUUUCAUCGCCUCUUCCAGAACAGAUUUCUGUCUGUGGACUGACGGCCUCAAUGUGCUCCUGGGUAAAGAGAUGAGCAGCGAGAGCAUGCGCAGCGAACUAGAGAUUCUCCUCUCUAUGGAAAUCAAGCUCCGCCUCCUGGACCUGGAAAACGUCCCAAUCCCAGACACGGCACCGCCAAUCCCCAAACCACCCAGCAACUUCAACUUCUGCUACGACUUCAGCCAAGCCGAACAAUAACACGAGCCAUAAGCGUGUGGUCCGCAGCGGUUACUGCAUUGCCAAGACAUGGAAACGGCCACUUGGUGGCAGCAGAAAUGCAGGUUUUGGAUUGGGAGACAUUUGAUAGUAUUACAGGGCUUGAAAUGAGAGAGAGAGAGCUUGCACUUUGUGAUAGCAAAGCGUGUUUAUCUGUGGUGCUGUGCUGUAAUUUAAGUGCCUGCAGUGAAUAAGACGGUCUUGCGUUAAGUGUUUUUAUUAGUUAAAGGCCUGACGUGUUGUAUCUAAAGUGCCUUUUUUGUCAAAUCUCAUAUUACAGACCUGUCUGAAAUUCUCAGGUUUGAACGCACACUUUCUGUGGUACUUAUUUAGCUUCUACCAAAAUUGUACUAAAAGGCAUUACAUCAAGCAGCUUAUUUGGAAGGGGGAAGAAAAAUCAAGUAUAUGUUAUAAACAUUUGUGUUGAAUGUUGGCAUCCUUAUUCAUUCCCUUAAUGAGACUCAAAAUGGUACUCAUCUAGUACGAUGUUGUACAGUUUAACCUUUAUUAUGGAAAGAGCACUGAUGUGCCAUGUUUCUGUUUAUACUAAUGCAUUGGCAGCAUUUUCAUACAAGCAUUUUGCAUUAAUAGGUGUACAUUGAAGGUCAGUUUGCUGGAUUAAAUAGGUGAUCAACAAAUUUGGUACUGAAGUGGGAUUAAGUUCCAUAUGGAAAAUGGUUUGGAGAUAUUUUGUGUGUUGUUAGAGGAGUAGUUCGGCCAAGUGGUUUGGAGACACUCUUUGAAUAUUAUCAGUGUGAUUUGAUACUUUCAUAUUCAUAUUUUCAAUUUACUUGAUGUAUAUAACUUCACAUUUUAUUUUGGUCCGACUGCUCCAUUUUGAAAUUGCCUUCAGUUCAAAAUACCACUCGCCAUUGUAGGAUUUUACAUCAGUGUGCUUUUCCUGGGAGAUAAUCAAGUUUCUGUUUUUAAAAAAGAUUUAGUGUCAUUUUAUCUGACUGUUUUGGCUAAAGAUCGAAAUGUGGUUUCAUCACCACAUAACAAGCACUUCAUAAUAUGUUGAUUUAUAAUGCAUACAAUUUAUCAUGAUUAAAACUAUAUAUAGUUAAAAUAUUCUGUUGUGCCAUUGUAAAGUGCAUUAAUGGAGCUGACAACUUUAAUGUGUGAAAAAUCUGUAGGAUUUAUAUAUAUAUUAAAAAAAUGCUGAUUUUGUGUUCUUUUGUGGUUUUCACAAAUUUAAUGACAACAUUGAUCUAGCAAAAUAACAAUCCAUGUACUGUAUUGUUUUGUAUAUAGCUUUCCUUGUUAACCUUCUGGUUUUGCGUAACUAUCUUGACCAGCUGACAAUGGUACGUGAUAUUAAUUCAAGAUUUGUUUAUCCUUUGUAUGGAAUAAAGAAAAUCUAUUAUAGUAGA